AUGGCGCCACCAAGCAAGAAGCGCUCCCAGCCGGGAGGCGACUCGCCCAGCGCUAAGAAGCCCCGUACCGAAUGGGAGGCCCCCCGUCCCACCCCGGCGUUCAAGUCGAGCCUUUUGAUCGAGGAGGUCGACUUUCCUCGUGGCGGCGGCAGCGCGCUCACCGGGCUCGAGAUGAAGCAGGCCCGUGCCGAGGGUAUGCGUGAGGCCGAGGCUGAGAUGGGCGGUUCCAAGAAGAAGGUCCGCCAGAUCUCGGAGCGUCACGCCAAGCGCAUGAAGAAGGCUACCGGCGGCAAGGACGCCGCGGCCCGCGCCGAGCGCGACAAGGACACUAUCCGUGUCGAGGAGCUGAGCUACAAGCGUCUCACUCCUGGCACCAUGGUCCUUGCCCGUGUCCACACUGUUCUCCCCCUCCACAUUGUCGUCUCGCUCCCCAACAACCUCCUCGGUCACGUCCCCAUUACCGAGGUGUCGGGCGCUCUCACCGCUGCCCUCAACGCCGACAUGGAGGCCAUGAGCGAGGAUGAGAACGAGGACGACGAGGAGGACGAGGAGAAGGAGGGUGCCCCCGAGCUUCCCGACAUCUUCACUCCUGGCCAGUACAUCCCCGCCAAAGUCAUCAACAACUUCCCCACCGCCUCGCAGGCGUUCAUUGCCCAGUACCCCAUUUCCGAGACCACUCGCCUCGCGGCCCGUGUCGAGCUCACCUUGGUCCCCGAGAAGAUCAACUCGGAGGUCGCCAAGGCCGACCUCGCUGCCGGCUUCCGCAUCACCGGCGAGGUCCUCUCGCUGGAGGACAAGGGCUACCGCGUUGGCCUCGGCCUCGACGCCGAUGCCGGCCUCGCUGGUGUCGAGGGCUUCGUCUCCCUCGAGGAGGUUGAGAAGAACGUCCCGGCCCAGAAGCUCGUUCCCGGCCAGCUCAUUGCUACUGUCGUCAAGGAGCUCAAGGCUGGUGGCCGUGUCGUCCACCUCUCGCUCGACCAGCAGACCCUCAUCCACUCGGCCCUCACCGAGGUCUCGACUAUUGGUUCGCUCCUCCCCGGCUCGCUCGUGUCGACCUUGAUCACCGCCAUUGUCCCCUCGGGUCUCAACGUCAAGAUUUGCGGUUUCUUUGACGGUACCAUUGAGCUCGCUCACCUCGGUAUCGGCGAGGACGACAUUGAGGACCGCUUCAAGCUCGGCAAGAAGAUCAAGGCCCGUAUCCUCUUCGACACCGUCGCUUCUGGCUCGGAGCGCCGUUUUGCCCUCUCGGUCCUCCCUCACAUCUUCAACCUUACCUCCCCCCUUACUGGUUACGAGCAGAUCCCCCUCGAGAAGGCCAUUCCUAUCGGCACCACUCUUCAGUCGGUCAAGGUCAUCCGCGUCAUGCCCGACUGGGGUGUCGUGUGCCGCACCUCGGACGGCAUCGACGGCUUUACCCACAUUUCGCACCUGUCCAACGAGCGCAUUGCUUCGCUUUCGUUCGCCACCACCCAGUUCAAGGUUGGCACUUACCACCGCGCUCGCGUGAUUGGCCACUCGCCCCUGGACGGUGUUCUCCUCCUUUCGUUUGAGCAGAAGGUUCUCGACCAGGUCUUCAUGUCGGUCAGCGAGCUGAAUGUUGGCCGGGGCCUCAAGGGCACUGUCCGCAAGCUCACCGACAAGGGUCUCUUUGUCGACAUCCAGGGUUCGGUCGAUGGUGUCGUCUGGCCCCUCCACUACGCCGACAUUCGCCUCAAGCACCCCGAGAAGCGCUUCAAGGUUGGCUCCACGGUCAGGACCCGUGUCUUUGCCAUUGACAGGGCCCGUAACCGUGUUGUCCUUACUCUCAAGAAGAGUCUCGUCGAGAGCCAGCACGAUAUGCCUGUGGGGCUUGAAUGGAUGCACCCCGGCCAGAUUGCCGCUGCUGUUGUCUCCAAGAUCCUCGACAAGGGCUGUAUUGUUGACCUCUUUGGCGGUCUCCGCGCCUUUGUGCCCCUGUCCGAGGCCAGCCAGAACUUUGUCACCAACCUCGCCGACAUUUUCUUCGUUGGCAAGCCCGUCAACGUUCGCAUUACCGAGAUCGACAUGGUCAACAACAAGCUCGUCGGCUCGAUCCGCCAGGCCCUCCCCAGCGCCAUUGCUGCUGAGAAGCUCGAGCUCGGUGCCGAUGUCCACGGCAUUGUUGCCCAGAUCCACGCCGAGCAGGUCGUCGUCACCCUCGUCCCUUCGCAGGUCACUGCCCUCCUUUCGCUUGCCAACCUUUCCAACCACCGCGGUAUGGGUAUUGCCGAGCUCCGCGCCAGCAUCAAGACUGGUGAGAAGCUCGAUGACCUCAUGGUCGUCUCCAAGAAUGCCAUUUCAGGUCUCAUCAUUCUCGCCAACAAGCGCAAGACCCCCACUGGUAUCUCGGGCCCUACGCGUAACAUUGGCGAGAUUGCCGCGGGCGAUGUCGUCCCCGGCCGUAUCAUCGCGGUCACACCGCAGGGUGCCAUGGUCAAGCUCGGUGGCAAGGAGCGCGGUCGCGUCCACCCGGCCGACUCGUCCGACGACCUUGCCCUCGCUGCUGGCGACGGCUGCCUCCGCGUUGACGAGAACGUCCUCUGCUACGUCCUCAAGAUCGACGGCAAGAACAUUGACCUGAGCACCCGCAGGUCGCGCGUCCAGCCCGAGGCCGGUUCCGCUGUUGUCGACACCGAGGUCACCGACAUCUCGGAGCUCAAGGCCGGCCAGACCAUCCGCGGUCUCGUCCGCUCUGUGGCUGACAACGGUCUCUUUGUCUCGCUGUCCCGCAACGUCGUCGCCCGCGUCAUGAUCAAGGAGCUCUUCGACGACUUUGUCAAGGACUGGAAGUCGCGCUUCCAGGUCAACCAGCUCGUCUCGGGCAAGAUCGUCUCCACCGACAAGGGUCGUGUUGAGAUGACCCUCCGCACCAAGACCCGCGCCAACGACAAGAAGACCACCAAGCUCACCCUUGCCGACUUUACCGAGGGCCAGAAGAUUACGGCCACCGUCAAGCGCGUUGAGACUUUCGGUCUCUUCCUCCGUCCCGAAAACUCCAACCUCUCGGGUCUCUGCCACCGCUCUGAGAUCUCCGACGACAAGAAGGCCGACGUUGCCCAGGCCCUCAACGGUUUCCGUGAGGGCGACACCGUCAAGGCCGUUGUUCUGUCCAUCGACACUGAGAAGAACAAGAUCAACUUUAGCAUCAAGGCUAGCCACUUUGGCGAGGACUUUGGAGAUGCCCAGGACGAUGACGAUGAUGAGGAGGAUGAGGACGAGGACGAGGACGUCAAGGAGGACAUGGACAUGGACGAGGUUGCCGAUGACGACGAGGACGAGGAUGAGGAUGACGACGAGGACGAGGGUAGCGACGACGAGGAGCUCCAGCUCCUUGGCUCGGAUGACGAGCCUAUGGAGGAGUCCGAUGACGAUGACGAGGAGCCUGCUCCCGCUAGCAGCUCCAAGGCCUCGAAGAAGACUGCUGCCGCCGCCUCUGCUGCCCUCUCGCUCGCUGGUGGCUUCGACUGGAGCGGUGGUGCCGCUGGCAAGGACGAGGACGAGUCCGACUCGGACUCUGACUCGGACGAGCCCGUCAAGCCCACCUCCAAGGCCGCCGGCAAGAAGAAGGCCGUCGACCUCGCCGCCACCGCCGCCGGUGAGGGUGCCCCCGAGUCCGCUUCCGACUUUGAGCGUGCGCUCCUUGCCUCGCCCAACUCGUCCUUCCUGUGGAUCCAGUACAUGUCGUUCCAGCUCCAGCUCCACGAGGUCGACAAGGGCCGCGCCAUCGGCAGGCAAGCACUCGAGCGCAUCAACUUCCGCGAGGAGGAGGAGAAGCUCAACGUGUGGAUGGCCCUCAUCAACCUCGAGCUUGGUUUCGGUACCGCCGAGAGCGCCGACAAGGUCUUCAAGGAGGCUGUCCAGUACAACGACGCUCGCACCGUGUACGCCCGCUACAUUGACGCCCUCGUCAUGACCGGCAAGGACGCCGAGGACACGCUCAAGAAGAUGCUCAAGAAGUUUAGCGCCUUCCCCGACACUUGGGCAAAGUUUGUCGACUACUACCUCAAGAAGGGCGACGUCGAGGCUGCCCGUGCCCUCUUGCCUCGUGCCCUCCAGUCGCUCGACAAGAGCAAGCACGUCGAGAUGACCGAGAAGAUGGCCGUCCUCGAGUUCAAGCACGGCGAUGCCGAGCGCGGCAAGACUCUCUUUGAGGGUAUCCUCUCAAGGUAUCCCAAGCGUCUUGACGUGUGGAACGUGUACAUUGACCAGGUCGCCAAGGCUGGCGACAUUGGCGGUGUCCGCGGACUGGUGGAGCGCGCUCUUGCGCAGAAGUUGACCGCUAAGAAGGCCAAGUUCCUGUUCAAGAAGUGGCUGAGCCUCGAGGCGCGUAUUGGAGACGCCGCUGGCGCGGACAAGGCCAAGACCGUUGCGCGUGAAUGGGUGAUGGCCAACACUAAGCAGGAGGAGGAGAGCGAGGAGGAGAGCGACUAG